UCUCUUCCAUGCUUCCCUGCUCCCCUCUACUCCUCCUUUUUCUAUUUUUCUUCCUCUGCCUUCCCCCGUCUCCCUCUCUUCAUCUAGCCUCCUCUCUAGCUCUGUGCUUCCCCCUUGCUCGGUCUUGCAAAUGGCUGCCCGCCAACGAUUUGUCUGAGGAGAAAACAGAUUUGAAUGAAGAAUGGAGACAAAAGAGGGAACAAAGAGGCAGUAAAAGGCGCUACACACAAAGAGACGUAUGCCUGUUGGAGACGCACAGUUUGUAUGAAAGGGCAGAGCCGUCUGUACUUCCUGAAAAGGCUGGGGUCCUUCAACAUCUGUAAAAAACUGCUGCAGAUGUUUUACCAGUCUGUGGUGGCCAGCGUGCUCUUUUAUGCUGUGGUUUGCUGGGGAGGAAGCAGCAAGAGGGGAGACGCCGGUCGACUGGACAGACUGGUGAGGAGAGCUGGCUCAGUAGUGGGCACAGAGCUGGACUCUCUGGUGACAGUGGCAGAGAGAAGGACCCUGGACAAACUGCUGUCCAUACUGGACAACGCCCACCACCCUCUGCACGACACCUUCACCAGGCAGAGGAGUGUGUUCAGUGGCAGACUGCUGUCCCAGUCCAGCUCCACCAACAGACUCAAAAACUCUUUCGUCCCCCAUCAGACUGUACAACAGCUCUCAGUAAAGGCAGGGAGGACAACAGAUAAUAGACAAUGGACAAUUUCUGUCUGUAUUUGCACUUUUACUUCCAUUUGCACUCCACUCCAUUUGCACGGUUUACUGUUGCACUGUUUACUGUAG